CAGCGGGGCGUAGGCGAGAGAACUACACUUCCCAUAAGCCAGUUCGGCUUCCUUGCUUGCAGUUUUUUUUUAGAAGCGGAGCAGCAGAGUUAGUAAACACAGAUGGGAUUCCCAUAGCAGGCCUGGCUGGAAGUGACAGUGAGAGCUCGGGCAUAGCGGGGAGCGAGCGUGUGGUUUGUUCAAUGUCAGUUCAAUGAGGAUUCGUGCGGGUUCCACUAGCGGUCAGUGUGUGAGUCAUCUCUGAACUGAGUAACGGGCUGAGCCUGAGGGAAUCACAAGUUCUUCCUCUCCACAUAUGGAUGACAACAAGGUAUCCGGUGGGAAGGUGAAGAAGCCUGGCAAGAGGGGGAGAAAACCUGCCAAGAUAGAUUUAAAGGCCAAGCUGGAGCGCAGCAGACAGAGCGCCCGAGAGUGCAGAGCCAGGAAGAAGCUCCGUUACCAGUACCUAGAGGAGCUGGUGUCCAGCCGAGAACGAGCCAUCUGUGCCCUGCAGGAGGAACUGGAAAUGUACAAACAAUGGUGCGCAGCAAUGGACCAAGGGAAAAUUCCAUCGGAGAUCAAAGCGCUGCUCAGUGGGGAAGAUUUAAAGGCUGCACAGAAGCAAGUGAAACAUCACAGAGCAGUUAAAUCAGAGCCGAGUGAGAAGCGUCCGUGAACAUCUUUUCCCCGGACCAAUUCAUCUACCGACGGCCCCUGUCUCUCGGAGAGAAGGAUGGGCUCUAACACCCGGGGUCUCUGCACUGCUGCUUCCUCUGCCUUUUCUUUGGGGAUCGCUGAUCAUGAGGGCGACACCUGGUGGCGAAAGAGUGAAAUCACUUCAGCUUUUUAUUUUUCCAGCAAAAUCCUGCUGUUAAAGAGCGCCGCGUAGUUCUCCUUCUUCAAUGCAGAAAGAAAAAGGUUUUGGUCACAUGUUGAGGAAUAUACUCCCUGGUUUGAUGAAACUUCAGACCAGCGGAACGUAGAGAAUUCACGAUAACUUGUGCGUCAGCGUCUGGAAGUCUCCGUGGAAUUAGCGUCAGCGUUAGAACUCCAGCUCUGGAUUUCCGGUAUUGGGCCCAUAGAUGGCUUUGGAUCCAUAUUGCGUCCUCCGUUAUUGUGACCCUUAAUCCAUAGCACCCUGAGGACAUCGGAUGUUUUAUCAAUUGGGGGAUGUCCCAACUGUCUUCCGUUUGUUAAAGGGAAAGUUAACUGUCAGUUACCGCUGUCUGGUUCGGUGACGCUAGCAGCCGUUUAGUUUAUAUACAGAGCUGGAAUCACAAUAGACCAAUUGCAUUUUGUCUUAAACUCCUGCAAUCAUA